AUGCUGACUACACUGCUGCGCCCUCCCCCGGGCUGGCUACACCGCUGCGUCCUCCCCCGGGCUGGCUACACUGCUGCGCCCUCCCCCGGGCUGGCUACACUGCUGCGCCCUCCCCCGGGCUGGCUACACUGCUGCGCCCUCCCCCGGGCUGGCUACACCACUGCGCCCUCCCCCGUGCUGGCUACACCGCUGCGCCUUUCCCCCGGGGCUGGCUACACCGCUGCGUCCUCCCCCGGGCUGGCUACACUGCUGCGCCCUCCCCCGGGCUGGCUACACUGCUGCGCCCUCCCCCGGGCUGGCUACACUGCUGCGCCCUCCCCCGGGCUGGCUACACUACUGCGCCCUCCCCCGGGCUGGCUACACUGCUGCGCCCUCCCCCGGGCUGGCUACACUACUGCGCCCUCCCCGGGCUGGCUACACUACUGCGCCCUCCCCGGGCUGGCUACACUACUGCCGCCCUCCCCCGGGCUGGCUACACUGCUGCGUCCUCCCCCGGCUGGCUACACUGCUGCGCCUCCCCCGGGCUGGCUACACCGCUGCGUCCUCCCCCGGGCUGGCUACACUGCUGCGCCCUCCCCCGGGCUGGCUACACUACUGCGCCCUCCCCCGGGCUGGCUACACUGCUGCGCCCUCCCCCGGGCUGGCUACACUACUGCGCCCUCCCCCGGGCUGGCUACACUGCUGCGCCCUCCCCCGGGCUGGCUACACUACUGCGCCCUCCCCCGGGCUGGCUACACCACUGCGCCCUCCCCCGGGCUGGCUACACCACUGCGCCCUCCCCCGGGCUGGCUACACCGCUGCGCCCUCCCCCGGGCUGGCUACACUGCUGCGCCCUCCCCCGGGUUGGCUACACUGCUGCGCCCUCCCCCGGGCUGGCUACACUGCUGCGCCCUCCCCCGGGCUGGCUACACUGCUGCGCCCUCCCCCGGGCUGGCUACACUACUGCGCCCUCCCCCGGGCUGGCUACACUGCUGCGCCCUCCCCCGGGCUGGCUACACUGCUGCGCCCUCCCCCAGGCUGGCUACACUGCUGCGCCCUCCCCCAGGCUAG